GGCAGCGGCAGCCGAGGCUGCAGGAUAAGACGAGGAAGAUGAAGGUGAGGUUGGCGAAUAAGGGUUUGGGUUACGGAGAGGCGAUGUUGAAUGUGGAUCGAUGCUUCUCCUGCACCACCUUUAAUAUUCUCGCGCCUAUUUACAAACGGCUUGACAAGGAGGACCAGAGUUGCAGGGAGAGCCAGUAUAGGGCGUACUGGUUGAACAGGAAUCAGAGCAUCAUUGAUCGAUUGCUGGACGAAAGGUCUUCCAUUAUUUGUCUGCAGGAGGUCUGGUUAGGGAACGAUGAACUCGUUGAAAUGUAUGAAAAGAGGCUGGGAGAUGCUGGUUACACGAGUUUCAAACUUCCCCGCACAAAUAAUCGUGGAGAUGGUUUACUUACUGCCAUACGUAGAGACUGCUUUAGGGUUCUUAAUUAUCGGGAGAUGCUCUUCAAUGACUUUGGAGAUCGUGUUGCUCAGCUUUUACAUGUUGAAUCAGUUGUUCCUUUUUGGCAAAGUAGAAAUUUUAACAUCCCACAAGAAAUUAUCAUUGUGAAUACCCACUUACUGUUUCCUCAUGACCACACACUGUGUAUUGUUCGUUUGCAUCAGGUAUGCAAAAUCGUUCAAUUUGUGGAAUCUUAUCAGAAGGAACAUAUGCUUAGCCCUCUGCCAGUUGUACUCUGUGGCGACUGGAAUGGAAGUAAGCGGGGCCAUGUUUACAAGUUCCUUAGGUCUCAGGGUUUUGUUUCUUCUUAUGAUGUUGCUCAUCAUUAUACCGAUAGUGAUGCAGAUGCCCAUAAGUGGGUUAGUCAUCGAAAUCAUCGUGGGAAUAUUUGUGGGGUUGACUUCAUCUGGCUUCUGAAUCCUAAUAAGCAGCAGAAGCCCCUAAAGAUUAGCCGGAAUGAAGCUGUAUUUGGGAUUAUGAAGUUUCUUCUUCUCCGCCAUGCUUCUCUUACAGAGGAUAAUGCAUUUGCUUUUUUUAAAGCAGACAGUCCUGGAGACUCUAUUACUUUUGAUGGUUUCUGUCAAGCACUGUGUCAGUUAGGCCUUACUGGCCAUCCAAAUGGCCUCAGUGUUGAGGAGGUUGAAGAUUUGUGGAUCCAAGCUGACGUUGAUGGAGAUGGUGUUGUGAACUAUGGAGAAUUUGUGCAGCGGAUUUGGAAUCUGGCAUGUUUAGAGAAUUCUGAGCAAGCAGGGGACAAUGAGAAGAGCGACGGAACUAAUAGCAAAGGCUCUGAUAGCCAGAACUUUGGCUUUGAUGUGAAGAAUGCAGCUCUUUUUCCACCAGAAAUGGAGAAAGGAAUGUGGCCCGAGGACUACUCCCUUUCGGAUCAUGCUCCUCUUACUGUGGUGUUUUCCCCUGUAAGAAUGUUUUGCUCUCAAUCUGUUUGCUGAACUACUCUUUUGACUAAUGGUUUUCAAAUCUUAGCCUGUAAA